CUCGAAUCCGUUCAGAUGCACAGCAAUCGUGAGUAUCCGUAGGAUGUGGUUUGGGACUAUUUUCGACCCAGUUGACGAACAUGAUGUUUCCUUUCUUUUCACACCUACAAAAGUCAUAUAACUGUCAGGACAAAAAAUUCAAUGCGGAAGCUCACGAGAAUAAAUACAGGUGUCCUCUAAUCAUGUAAUACUAGUCAGCUUUGGUUCAGCAGCUCUCUGUAACCAAACGGUGCUCUCCAAGAAAAAUAGGCUCUCGUUUAGAAAAGAAACAUGACGGGGAAUGGGUCUUACACAACGGACCUGACAGCUUUCGAAAGUUACUUCCUCGCUAGCGUGAACGUUUUUUUUAGUCUGUGCGGUAUCUUGGGCAAUGUGCUCGUUAUCGUUGUGAUAGCCCGUAGCCGGCAACUUCACACCGUCUCUAACACGUUCAUAACGAGUUUAGCAGCAGCAGAUCUCCUUGUUUGCGUCGUUUCGCAGCCCAUGAACGCGGUGUUCCUGUAUGGGUUGCCACCUAAUACAACAUACAGCAACACGCGAAAGAUGUUUUCAUUUGUCUCCCUUUUGGCAUCAAUCAGCAACUUAGCUGCCGUGACCAUCGAUCGCUACGUCGCUAUCGUUAAUCCAAUGCAGUACCAGCUCAGAGCCAACUUCAAGAGCGCCUCUCUCCUCCUCUGCGCCAUUUGGGUCGUGUCUUUGGCGCUGGGAAUACCGAGCGGUUUCGUACGAUCUAUUCAACAUAUCACGGUGUACUAUAUAAUUGCACUCUUGUCCGUCAUAGCUCCGAUCUAUGUGCGAAUUUAUUCAAUCGCUCGCAGUCAAAGGAGGCUCAUCGCUAGGCAAGGGGAGCACAUCAAGAGGGAUUUAAAAAAAAAAACCAGAAAGGAAAAUAUAGCAGCAAAAACCAUAGGGUUCGUCAUAGUCGUCUUUAUCAUUUGCUGGUUGCCUUUGCUCAUAACUCCGAUGAUUUUCCGUCACAGUGAGAACAGCCGCAUUGUCAGAAAGUCUUUGAAAUGGGUUCAGACUCUCGCUUUAUGCUCGUCAGCCUUGAACCCUGUUAUUUAUAGCCUGAAAACGCAGAUUUUCAGAAAGGAAUUGAGAAAAGUUUUCAGGAGCGCUCUGAAACGACAUUCUCGGGCAGACCAACAGAUAACAUAUGUCUAAAAACUCGUUUGCAAUUAAAAAGGGAUUCUCCCUUAAGUUGAUUUUGCUUAAACCAUUAUUUUGUCGCAAAAAACUGUCUCGAUUGAUAUAAAUGCAAAACUGUACAUAACUUUUACUUGAGUUGUCGGCGAAACAUGAAAUUCGUCUAGUCGAAUGACACCAAACUUAUUCGUUCGUUGUUCUUAGAAAGCAAUUAUCGUAUUUCAACGAUGUUAGGCUUUUAUGUUUUGUAGAUUUGGUCGACUCUUAGUUCUUUA